UGGAUUUUGAGACAAUUACAACGUCAGUGCAUAACUUUGUUAAAUCAAUAAUCUGGUGCAGAUUUAAACGAUUUUUUAUUUCUUUGAACGAUUUCAUUUUGGGCUGUCUAAUAAAUCGAAUUAAAGAUUAUUUGAGUAUUAAUUACCUAAUUUACUAAUCGUCUAGCUGUUAUGUUUAAGGAGGAAUACGGACAUGAAGAUUGAUUUGUAGAGAGUUUCUGUGCACCAUCCUUCUAGUCUUUUGUUUUCAAUGUAGCCAAAUUUCUGAGCUCCGAGGUAGCCCCUGAAUGUAUCAGUAGUGUGUGUGAGCGGUAUAGAGGAAGUGGCGGCUGAUCUGGGUCCGCACCUUUUCCGGUAACACAGCACCGCCACCGCUGUGACUGAACGGCUGGAGAGAGAGAGAGAGGGAGGAAGAGAGACAGAGAGCGGCAAGAGCGGGGAGAAACGGUCCGGGGACAGGGGGAUGAUUGCCGCAGACGGGGAAGAGAAGAAAGUCGGAUGAAUCAAUGACCUUUUGAGCGCUCUUCCUCUGGAUGUCCCGGCGCAGAAACGGACCGGAGAGGUUUAAUUUAGGCUUUUUAACAAGAAAAUCGCCGAGCUUUGAAAAUUCACCGACUGGAAUUAGCUAAGGCCAAUUGUGGACAGCCGGCAGCUAAGGAGGAAGUGGGAACCCCCGGGCUUGAACUGGGCCUGAUUUUUGUAUAGUCCGCUUCUGGUGAGAAGGCAUUACUUUGUGUCAGUUUCCAGCUCCGCGGAGAGCAACAGGAUUUCGAACGGAAAAAAAACUUGAAAUGUGGCUUUUGACGGAAGUCAGUGCUCAUAGGCGACUUUGAAACAUAUCGGGCUUUUUUCUUCUUCUUCUUACUUCGGAAUCCAUUGGAUCAUGAAAACAGACCCCCACUCAAGUCUGUGAGGGCUCCAUACACACUGCUUCUACUGAAUGCUCAGGUCAGAUCACCACAGACCAGCUAACUGUACUGUACAAACUUGCAAGCCACCACCUUUUGAACAUUGACACUUGUGUCAGCCCACCGCUGCCAUCACGUGGAGGACUUUCAGUAGCAACACAGUGAAACUGUAACUUCUCAGUGAUAUAUCUCCCCCCCUAUUUUCUUCUCAUUGGAGAAGCUUCACUAUAUCUUCUAAAGAAGUAUUUAUGAACAGAAAACAAGAUGGGGAAAAUGCUUUCAAAGAUCUUUGGCAACAAGGAGAUGAGAAUAUUGAUGCUUGGACUUGAUGCUGCUGGGAAAACUACCAUCCUGUACAAGCUGAAGCUGGGACAGUCAGUCACCACCAUCCCCACUGUUGGUUUCAACGUGGAGACUGUCACCUAUAAGAAUGUGAAGUUCAAUGUGUGGGACGUGGGGGGACAAGAUAAGAUCAGGCCGCUCUGGAGACAUUACUACACGGGCACCCAGGGGCUCAUUUUCGUGGUGGACUGUGCCGACAGGGAUAGGAUCGACGAGGCGAGGCAGGAGCUCCACCGCAUCAUCAACGACCGGGAGAUGCGGGACGCCAUCAUCCUCAUCUUCGCCAACAAGCAGGACCUCCCAGAUGCCAUGAAGCCACACGAGAUCCAGGAGAAGCUGGGCCUGACGCGGAUCAGGGAUAGGAAUUGGUACGUUCAGCCUUCGUGUGCGACGACAGGGGACGGACUCUACGAGGGCCUGACCUGGCUUACCUCAAAUUAUAAGUCUUAAUGUUUCCCUCCCUUCCUUCCUCCUCCUUUCUCACCAGCCUGGACACUUGGAGGCGAAAGAAGUAGCCGAGAAUGAAAAAUAAUAAGUAAAAAGAAAAAAAGAUGCAAUCUGAAGCAAUUAAUACCACGACCCCUCUGCUGAGUAUGUAUCAAAGAGGGUAGCAUUUACUUCUAGUUUUCUUUCUUUCUUUCUCUUUUUUUUGGAUAAUGUUGACAUCACUAUAAUCACAGAUUUCAUUUAAGCAAAAAACCAACAUAUUUCUUGGCUUUUUUUUUCUUUGUAGCUUGCUUUGGUUCACACUCUGUAUAACCAGCACUGUUUAAAUAUACAGUACUCUUUAUUUUACAGCAAAUUCUUUAUUUUUUAACUCCCUGUUUUUGUUUUUUUUGUGUAAUUUUUUUUUCAGGGGACUAUGGGGGACACAUUUAUAUUUUCACCCCAUGCUUCAGUAUUCUCAGUCAUCACCCAGCUACAUAUCCAAAGGAUGGGGAAAGUCCAAAAAGACAAAAAACAAAUGGAAAAAAAAAAGCCCAUUGCCUAGCACAACCGCAUAUCACCUUCAUUGGUCGAAGUUGCCGCUGUAAUUUGUAAGAAUGCGUGUUUAUGAAUAUGUUAGGACCUUCCUUUUGUAUUCGAUUGUACUGGGAUGAAUGAGGACGUGUUAGUUACUUAUUUCAUGUGCAGUGAUUCCAUCCAUAAUGUCUACUGUGGCGGUUUGUUCGAAAGACACUAUGUGGACGCUUGAUAUUCUGACACACACACGUACACACUGUGAUAUGGAUAUAUCUAUACAUUUUUGUUGUUUCAGGGUUUGAAUCUGUUACAACCAGUCUUAGCGUUUCCUCUCGAGCUUCCGUUACUGUUGAGUGUUCGUAGUUUCGGCUGCCUUAAGAGGGACCCGAGUUACAGGUGUCCCCACACUCCCCUCCCCAAAAUCAAGACAGCAGAAGGUAUUCUUAGUCGCUGAGUUUGCACUGCAGGACAGAGCGAGGGAGGGAGGGAGAGGGGUUGGUUAGCAACAAGCUGGCUGUUCACAUUUUUACUCUCUGUGACUGACUUUUGGACCCCAGCAAAUGUUAACCAAAUACCCAACCCUCCCCAUUCACCACCACCUCCUCCUCCUCCAAUGCAGGUGCUCCAGUGACUUCAACCCCCUUCUCUUUUCUUUAAUUAUUAUUAUUAUUUUUAAAAUCAUCAGCCUGUAUGGUCCUGCAAACACCAAACCGGCUAUUCUGUUAACGCUUUAUAGAUGCCGCUGUUUUAUUUCUUCUUCUUUUUUUUUUUUCUUUUGCUAUUGCUGAUAAAAUAAUAAAAAAAAAUUAUAUAUCCAGAUCAGUACGGAAGUGAUGCCUUUUCAAUGAGCAGCUGCUACCGUAGCAAAAGUCAUAUUUCAUAAAAGUUCCCAAAAGAGGAAACGAGAGCUUCAGGGCGUUAUAAUGACUGAAAGAAACUCGAACGAACGCGAAGCGAAGUGAGCCUCGGCCUGUUUCCUUUCUGCUGUUGAGUGCGUGUGUCUGUGUCUGAGUCAUUCGCUGUGAAUAAAUGAUGAGAUCUCUAGUUUCAGAGAAGUGAUUGUCAGGUAAACUACUUUGCCUCAAGUCUUAAAGUUUCACUCUGGUCAUCAGAGUGCUGGAUUCAUAAAGAAAGCAAGUUUUGCUGAUCUGUAAGCCAUGGUAGGUUAAAAGCCAGAGGGAACAGGACCGUAAUUCACUGUCUUAGUAAUGGUGAGUAAUACUGAGCCUGAAUCAGAACUUUAAUGAGGCAAUUACACAUUUUUCCGCUGAAGAUUCUCCCUAAAAUACAAGUACAAUGAAUUUAUUUUCUUUUGAGUAAUUGGGCAGUGCCUUUCUUUGCCUUUGCGCAACAUCUGAGGAUAGUCAGCAUCACAAAAGAUCUUUACCGCCCUGGCAUUUUGCCCCGAGUAAGCGAGCUGCCCCGAAGCACGCAUUUGAGAUCAGGCCGCCGUUUGAAAGCCAUGCUUUCACCUCCGCGCAGAGCAGCACAGACCUUUGUGUGUGUUUCCACUGCAUAACAAAAGUAGGGACAUGGCUGCGUUUGGAAGGUCAGGUUCCUCUCUCUGUACCAAAAAGAGGAGGGUGUGAAUUGCGGGGAGUGACAUCACUGGGUAGUCAGGAAAUGCUUUGAAGGAAGGAGAUAGUUGUCAUGGAAAUUGGUGGUUGAGGAGUGAAAUGAAAACAGGUUGAACUACAUCAACAGACAGGUGAAGUCCUGGCGCUUCACCUGUCAAAAAAUAUUUUGACACUUUCUAAACUUAAGGAGGAAAGUGCUUCCUUAAAAGCUGACAUAGCUGAAGGUAUGACAGCGUCCCCAGAUUUGUUAAUGUACAAAUAUUCAGAGGAGUCAGAGUCCAGGAAUUCCUGCGCAGGAAUUCUUGCUGUUUAUCUCUGCAUUUGCUCUGUUUGCUCGCGAGCUGUUUGCUCUGCGAGUGUGUGUCGGUUUGAAGUUUGACCUGUUGCUGUGUGGAAAGCGCACAUGUGACGAAGGACGCUGAGAUAGACACACAAAUGAGACGGGCUAUCUCUCCUGAAACCGCCGCUGCGCUCUGGAUUUUUCUCUCGUACUGAAACCACUUCAACAGAAGGUCCGAGGGGCCGUGCCCCGGCGCUCUCAGGCGUGAUCUUGUUUGCUUAUGACUUUCCAUUCAUGACUCUCAUUGUGGAUGCAAUCAAAGUGAAACCCGCAGAAUGCCUUUCUCAAGAGGGUUCAAUGAGAGGAAAUGUGGCAAGGGAGAGCAUUUUGAAACCGUUCCUGAUGUUACAUCAGCGCCGAGCCAGCUCAUUGUGCUGCACAUGUCAUUGGCCUUUUGUGCAGCUGUCACUGCACUCGGCAGCAGAUGCGCUGCACAUAUUGGCUGGUGUCAAAUGCUGUCAGGCUCACCUGUGGCCCUCACUUAAAGAGCAGGAUUUAAGACUGUUAUUUAAAUAGAUUAUAUCAUUUCAUGUUUUCAUUAGGAAAUACCUGUGUCAGUGAGAACAGCUGCACUCACACAGCCUUCCUACACUCAACCCUGUUUCAUUUUUAUAUGCAUUCAGUAUUUUUUUUUUCUCAUCUGAAGCACUGCCAUUGUAUGUCUCAGGGUGGGGGUUGACUUAGACCAUUGUACGCCUGAGAAGGGGGGUGGUUUCAAACAAUACUUUAAAACCGAGCUCAUUGGCAGUUCCUCCGUCCUCGUUUUGUUUAUUCAGGCGUUCCUCUUUGAUUUCAGUCUGUCUUCAGUUCUUCAUUCAGCAGGGCAGGAAACCAUUCUCGUGCACGUGUCAUCAAUAACAGGUCUGUAGCUCGUGAACUUGCACAAUCAACGAAGCGUCUCGCGCUUUCUAAGAAGCAUUCGCCUGCUUGUUCGGCGCUGAUUCGGCAUUCUGUGUUUUACGUGCCGCUGUAAUCCUUGCUCUGCUUGCUAACUGCAGCACCGGCUGGGUUUACGUUUAGGUUAACUUCAUGUGACACACACACACACACUCGGAGGCUACGCAAGCCGACACGUUGCCUCUCACACCUCAGACACUUGCUGUCUGAAUCCUCCCGCAGCCGUUUCCACAGAGUGUGCUCACUUUGCUGAAAGAGUCAGAGGCCAAGUAAAGAACUCCACCGUUUUCUCCUCAUGUUCAAACAAAUAUGUUUAGGUGGUGGUGUGGGUAUAGAUUUGAAAGUAGGGUGUAAAUGAGGUAAUUAUACUUUAAUGUAUGUAAACAAAACAAAUAAAAAUCAGGUUUUACAUUAAAAAACAAUAUGAUGCAUCUUUUCAAUUCACUGCUGCAACAGUUUAA